AGUUCACAAAUUAAGGCAAAAAAAGAUUCUGGAGAAAAUGGAUCAGCUCUGAAGAUACUAACUUUCCAGUUUUCAGAGAUAAACUGAUUGGACUAUCUGAAGAACCAUGUCUCCCUAAUUAGACUAAACCACCCCACUUGCACCAAAGGAAGAUACCUGCUACAGAUCCUGUUGGGCAGGUUCAAAGAAAAUAUUCUUUUCCACUGUGACCAUUCUACCACAGAAGGUUCAUCAAAAUGGAAAAGUGGAGUUUAUUUUACUUACUACUUCUACACAUAACAAUCAUAUGCUCCCUUGAUUCGACUGUAGGAAGUUGUUUCCAAGAGCAGCUGAGACUCCAGGCCCAAGUGAGACUUCUGGAACACAGUGUGAAGCAACAACAGGCAAGAAUUGUGAACCUCUUAAUAGAGAGAGAUAUACAGAGCAGAGAUAAAGAAGGGGAAAACACUGUUAUCAAUCUGGGAGAAGAAACUAACUACAAAGAUUGUGCUGAGAUCUAUCAUGCUGGUCAUACACAAAAUGGAUUUUACAAGAUAAAACCUCUGAAGAGCCCCAGUGGAUUCUUUGCCUACUGUGAUAUGACAGAAGGAGGUGGGUGGACAAUCUUUCAGAGACGGUCAGAUGGGAGUCAAAAUUUUAAUAGAAAUUGGACUGAAUAUGAGCAGGGUUUUGGAGAUUUUACUUCAGGAAAUGGAGAAUACUGGCUUGGGAAUAAAAACCUUCAUUAUCUGACUUCCCAGGAGAAUUAUACCUUGAGGAUCGAUUUGUCUGACUUUAUGGAUGAACAGCGUUUUGCACAGUAUGAAAAGUUUCGAGUUGCAGAUGAGCAGAAUUCCUACAAGAUGAAUUGUGGUCAAUAUUCUGGAACAGCUGGUGACUCUCUCACUGGGGGGUUUCACCCUGAAGUUAAAUGGUGGGCAAAUCAUCAAGGGAUGAAAUUCAGUACCAAAGACAGAGAUAAUGACAAUUAUGAAAGGAAUUGUGCUGAAGAAGAUCAAGCUGGCUGGUGGUUUAACAGAUGCCAUACUGCCAACCUGAAUGGCCUGUACUAUAACGGACCCUAUUCAGCAAGGACAGACAAUGGAAUUGUGUGGUACACAUGGCGUGGCUGGUGGUAUUCUUUGAAGUCUGUUGUCAUGAAAGUCAGGCCAUCAAACUUCAGUCCUAAUGUAGCUUAGGGUUUCUUCUUCUUAAUCAAAUCAAUCACACCUGCACUGUGGCAUUUACUUAUUUAACUUAGAUAAAGAAACCAUUGAGUCUUUGUAUAGAUUUAAGUU